UCACUUCCUGUUUGUAAAGGUUGGGCGGUCGAGUAAAACCCGGAGUUCAAUCUCCGCAGGUGUUUAAUAAUUUGAAUAGUUUAAAUCGACUAUUACUUAAUCUUUGUGAGUAGAACAUGUGUGCCGCCUAGUUUUGGCUAAGAUUAUUCAUUUUAAAAGCCAAACAGUCUUUCGUAUCUACAUACGAAUGUCAAGUAAACAAAUUAAAAAUGAGUAGCGUCAUGGCUACCCUGGUAUCAGCUUAAGUGUCAAAACAGAUUGCAUAUUUCAUUGUGGUGCACAUAUUUGUAUUGUUAUAACAGUUGAAUACGUCGUACUUUUGGGCGACGAAAUGCCGAUUGACUGGAUGGGAUAUGGAUACUCCGCUGUGAUUGUAAUCGGAGGUAUUGUGGGAUAUGCUAAAGCAGGUAGUGUGCCCUCUUUGGCUGCUGGUCUGCUCUUUGGGGGCUUCGCUGGACUUGGUACUUACAAGAUAUGUCAGAAUCCAAAACACGUUUGGCUUCUUCUAGCGACCUCAGCAAGUCUAGCGGGGGUCAUGGGAUUCCGGUUUUUAAACUCCGGCAAGUUUAUGCCAGCAGGCCUGAUGGCAGCAGCCAGUCUGGUGAUGUUAGGUAGGACUGGACUAGGCAUGUUACAGAGACCCCAUGGGCCAUAGUGAUUAUCAGCAGAACUCUCCGGAUCCCAUGCAUACUAAUGGAGAUACUUUUCAUGGUGUAAAUGACCGAUGAAGUAGACCUAGAUGCUCUCACAAUGAAUUAUUGUCAUAUACCUUUAUGUAUUCUGUGUAAAAUAUAUUCUGAUCUUUUCUAUAAAGCAUGUUGAAAGCUUA